GCUCGCAGGGCGGGGGCUGCGGCUCCGCCCGCCCCGCCGCGCUCCGCCCGCCCGGGCCCGCCCGCUGCCGAGCGCGGAGCGGGGGCAGCCGGGGCGCGGCGGGGGAGCCGGGGGCCAGCGGGGCCCGGCGGGGAUGGCGGCGGGCGGGAUGCGGCGCUGGGCGCUGCUGGCCGCGCUGCUGGCCGCGCUGUGCGGGCCCGCGGCGGGCGGCGGGCGGCGGCGGGCGGCCAGCCUGGGCGAGAUGCUGCGGGAGGUGGAGGCGCUGAUGGAGGACACGCAGCACAAGCUGCGCAACGCCGUGCAGGAGAUGGAAGCUGAAGAGGAAGGGGCAAAAAAGCUGUCAGAAGUCAGCUUUGAGGACUUACCUCCCAACUACCAUAACGAGUCCAACACGGAGACCCGAGUGGGCAACAGAACUGUUCAGACCCAUCAAGAAAUUGAUAAGGUUACAGAUAACAAAACAGGAUCAACAGUUUUUUCUGAGACAGUUAUUACAUCCAUAAGAGAUGGAGAAAACAAAAGGAAUCACGAGUGUAUCAUUGACGAAGACUGUGAACCAGGGAAGUAUUGCCAGUUCUCCACCUUGGAAUACAAAUGUCAGCUCUGCAAGCCCCAGGACACACCCUGCUCACGGGACGUGGAGUGUUGUGGGGAGCAGCUCUGCGUGUGGGGCCGCUGCAGGAGAUCCAGCUCCAGAGGGGAGAACGGCACCAUCUGUGAGACCCAGCACGACUGCAGCCCUGGGACGUGCUGUGCUUUCCACAAAGAGCUGCUGUUUCCUGUGUGCACACCCUUACCUGAGGAAGGUGAGCCCUGCCAUGAUCCUUCAAACAGACUUCUCAACCUCAUCACCUGGGACCUGGAGCCCGAUGGAGUGCUGGAGAGGUGCCCCUGUGCAGGUGGCUUGAGCUGCCAGCCUCAGAGCCACAGCACUACAUCUGUGUGUCAGCGGUCUGCCAAUGAAACGCAGCACACUGAAAGGGAAGAUCCCUUAAUCACAGAUGAGAUGCCCUUUCUCACCUUGAUCCCUCAAGAUCUCCUCUCUGAUUAUGAGGAAAGCAGCGUCAUCCAGGAAGUGCGUAGAGAAUUGGAAAGCCUGGAGGACCAAGCAGGUUGGAAGCCUGAGCCUGAGUCAGCUCAGGAGCUGGUUUUGGGAGAUGAAAUCUAAAGCCCAAAGCACCAGUUUAGUUAGUUAUUUCUAGAUUUUUUUUGUUUAGUAUCUUGCUUGUAUGAACCCUGAACACACACUACUGGAUAGAAGUGCAAUAAGCAAAGUCUUCAAGGAGCAUCCUUCUCUGUGCACCAAACCUGCAUGUCCCUGUGGAAUCCACUCAGUCCCUGCCUUCAAACCUUCUGCCAAAUGGGAACCAUAGAAGUGCUCUUCUGGAUUUGUACUUUCCUCUUGUAUGUCAGAAAUAAAGUUCUUCGUACUUGUACUCAUUAAAAAAUGCACACAAGCAUAAAUUAUUUCAAGUUGCUAGAAACUACAGAAGUGAUCUCUGAGUACAGAUGUUCCGAGUUGUUUUAUUUCUCUAGGGAAAGAACCAUCUACUCUGACAGUGUUGCAGUCAUAAAUUUUAAGGAAUUUUAAAAGGAAUUUUAAUUUUUUUUCUUUAGAAUGAUUUUGUGUUUUUAAUACACUUCAUAGGCAUAAAUCUCUGCAUGUUACAAGAUGUGAUUAUUUUUACCAUCUUAAAAGGUCAUAGAUCUAAAAAAAUCAAUAGCAAGCUAAGAGUAAAAUCUGACCCCCCAAACUCCCCAGCUACCACCUGUCCCACCAGUUUGCUACCAUGGCUCCUCCACUAUUAAUGGCUUUCUGAUAGAUUUCACCAUCUGUUGUCGCACAUGGUAAAACAAGAUGUGAGGUUCCAGCCAA